AUGCUUUCCUGCUCUCGGAGACCUUCCCAUGAGUUGCCACGAAGUUGGCCAUUAGCUACUGGGAUUCGCAAUAAAAUGUUCCUGAAGCCCUCAAAGCAAUAUACACUCCGCUCUUGUCCUCUUUCAGCCAGACAUUUUUUGCUCUCCACUCCGCUUGCAAGCAAUACCUACCUUAACUUUCCUCCGCUUCUUCUCUUCCUGCCUCCACCGCUUCAGCUCGAAACAAUCAGGCCCGUUCGCGCAUCUCUCCUCUCGCACGCAUCAUUCACACCCGAGCCGGUCUCGAGCCGGCGUGGGCGACUGUGUCCGCGACCGGCUGCUCUCGAGGCUGGCGCCAGGUACCGGAUUGCGCGCACGAAGCCGACCCGGUCACAAGACAGACUUCACUUGCCGCCACUACAGACAAGCACAACUUGGCUCCUGCGCCUCGACGGUCCCCUUUUCAUGCGGGGCCAGCAAACAGGGAAUUUGAUGUAA